AUGGCCAGAUAUAAGGAUGCCGUCUGCCGCAAGUGCAGGCGCAUAGGUGAAAAGCUCUUUCUCAAGGGCGAACGGUGCUACACGCCCAGAUGCGCAGUCGAGCGCAGGCGUCGCCCUCCGGGAAACGCGGUCCCAAGACGAAGGAGACCGUCGGAAUGGGCGUUGCAGCUCAGAGAGAAGCAGAAGGCGCGCCUGACUUACGGUGUACUCGAACGCCAGUUCAGGAAAUACUUCGAUAUGGCGCGUGUGCGUCCGGGAGUCACUGGAGACAACCUGCUCCAGGUACUGGAGACGCGCCUGGACAACGUGAUCUACAGACUGUCGAUGGCGGACUCCAGGCAGCAGGGAAGGCAGCUUGUCAAUCACGGCCACUUCACUGUAAACGGGCGUCGCAUGGACAUUCCCUCCUACCUGGUCGAGCCGGGCGACGCGAUCGCGUGGAAGCGCGGAGGCAGAAACGGCUCGUCUCCCCAGUUCAUACAGGACCUCACGGUCGGGAUUCCCAAGCGUCCGGUCCCCCCCUGGCUACGGCUCGACGUAGCCAACCUUACGGGUGAAGUCGCCUCACUGCCUGAAGUGACAGAGAUCGAGACUGGCAUCGACGCGAGACUGGUGGUCGAGUUCUACUCGAAGUAG